AACAACAAGCUGUCGUGGCAAAGCAAUAUUAAAUCCCUGGUAUCUACGGCCCGCCGAGGGCUUCGGAUAUCAUAAUUACAACGGAAAGGGCAAUGGCAGCCGGGACAUCAACAAGGAUGUGCUUGGGACACACAUGACUUCCGCACUCUCGGGUGAGGGUGGAGGUGGAGGCCAGACAUGUCUGCUGCCGGCUUCAUCAUAUUUUGGCAUGGAAACCCUACAGCAACAGCAACAGCAACCACAACAGAAAUCCCUGCCAGACUUUCUAAUACCAUUGCAUGAAAUUAUGUUCCAACAACAUCAUUAUCAGCAGAGAGCAGCGCAGGCCACCACCAUGGGCACAUUAAUUAAUAGUCUGCCGCACGGCUUGGGGGUGUACCCCCAGCAGUCCUCUGGCCAGGACAGACCCGAGACAACAUUCAAGUCAUUAACCCCAACGAGGCAGGGACCCAACGGUGAGCACUUGUUCGUGCGGCACUUUCACGAACGGGAUCGCCUCAUUCGUGCACAUCAGCUGAAGCAGCAGCUAUUGCGUGACGAGGAGGAGCCCCUCCUCCAGGAGGAGCAACAGCAGCCACAACGGACAGCAGCCCCACCGCCGCAUAACCAUCAUUGGCAUGGUGUCGUCUAUGAUGGCAAUGGCCAUGCCAGGAAGCUGCCAGCACAGCAGCAGCAGCAGCAGUCACAGCUCCCACCGACUCCACAGCCCACCGUCCAGCCAGUGCUGACCUCCGCCUCUGAUGCGACGGAGCCGCCCAAGGACCUCUUCAUUUACGAGCAACCAGCAAAUGGACGACAGUGUCGUGCCGCCAACAAAGUUAUGCGACACAUGUCCAACUCACCCACACCGCCAUCGCCGCUGCGUUCGCUAUCAGACUGUGGCAAAAGCUUCGAGGAGGAGGAACCAGAGCUCGGCGACUGCGAGCUGCCACAGAAUCUGAGCAGCAAGCGGCAGGCCAGGGAGCUGGAUGCCGAGUUGGAGAACGAGGUGCUAAAUCUGGCGCCGCCACCAAAGCGAGUGGCGCUGACCACGCCGCUGCAGGUGGAAACAAAGCCGCUCGAGGCGGAGGAGCAGCAGCUGGAAGCGGAGCCGGACCAGGAACCGGGUGCGGUGCCACCACAGUCGCUGCUGGACUUUGCCCCAGGCCACAUGCAACAGGCGUUGCAGCUGCAGCUGCACAGCUACAUCGAAAUGGUGCGGCAGUUGGCGCCGGAAGCUUUCCCCAAUCCCAAUUUGGCCUCGCAGUUUCUGCUGCAAAAUUCGCUGCAGGCGCUGGCCCAGUUUCAGGCGCUGCAGCAGCUCAAGCAGCAGCAGAGGGAGGAUCAGUCCCAGCGGGAGGAGAUGCAACAGCAGCAUCAUCCCCUACAGCAUUACUCCACGCCACUGUGCAAGUCUCCUCUGAGAAGUCCCUCCCUCAGUCCCGUGCCGCGCCACAGCAGCAGCAAGUCGCAGCAGCGAACGCCACCGAACACCAACAGCCUGGGCAUGAGCAGCACCGUGAUGACACCCAACACCCCCAGCAUGCAGCUCCACCAACUCCACACAUCCACCUCCACGAGCACGCCCAAGCCACCAAGCGGCAUGACUGUCGCCACUGCCAUGGCCAAGCUGGAGCAGUCGCCCGAGGAAACCACCGACCUGGAGGAGCUGGAACAGUUUGCCAAGACCUUCAAGCAGCGACGCAUCAAGCUCGGCUUCACCCAGGGCGAUGUGGGCCUGGCCAUGGGCAAGCUGUACGGGAACGACUUCUCGCAGACGACCAUCUCGCGGUUUGAGGCACUGAACCUGAGCUUCAAGAACAUGUGCAAGCUGAAGCCGCUGCUGCAAAAGUGGCUCGAGGAUGCGGACACGAGUGUGGCCAAGUCCGGCGGCGGAGUAUUCAACAUCAACACAAUGACCACCAAUCUGUCCAACACACCGGAGAGCAUACUGGGACGCAGGCGCAAGAAGCGCACCUCCAUCGAAACGACAGUCAGGACCACGCUGGAGAAGGCCUUCAAUAUGAACUGCAAGCCGACAUCCGAGGAGAUUAAUCAACUCUCCGAUCGCCUGCACAUGGACAAGGAGGUGGUGCGCGUGUGGUUCUGUAAUCGCCGGCAAAAGGAGAAACGCAUCAAUCCCUCACUCGAUCUGGACAGUCCAACGGGCACGCCGCUGAGCAGCCAUGCCUUUGGGUACCCACCGCAGGCACUAAACAUGUCCCAGAUGCACCUCGAAGCGGGUUCCGGAUCGCUCUGCGGUAGUUCCAUCAGUUCGGGGGAGUGAAUGUAGCCCUAGAACCUAGAACCCACCCAGAUGUGUAUAUAGUCAGCUUAUGAGUCGAUAGUCGCGCUGUAACUCCAAAAUCUUCCACAACAUUCCAUUGCUGUCUGUCUCUCAAUCUCUCUCUUUCCAUAUCAAAAAUCAAGCCAUAGAUAGUUUUUACAUAGAGGAACCCUAGGUGAUAGCCAAGUCGUAUCAGUCAAAAAUCCCUUACGAAUUUAUGAGUAGAAUAUAUACAUAUAUGUAUCUGUAUAAUUCUGUGUACUAUCCAUUCGUAACUGCAUGCAGCUCGUUCCUAGUUGUAACCCAAGACAUCGGUGUAUCCUGCAUCCCCCCCCACUAGUUGUAUUUUAAUAUAAAAUAUUAUAUAUAGAUAUAUAUUGAUAUGUGUAUGUAUUUGUGUAUACUUGAUGUUGUUGUACGAUGUCCAAUUGUAAAUUGAUCUUGAACCACACACACAACAACCCACGCAGGAUCCAUCCUAAUAUUAACGAUACAAUUCAAUAA